UUCAAAAAUAAAUUUAUCUACCUAUAGCUCUGUAUCGUAAUAUUCUAUUCUGAGAACGAUUGUAGCUUUUUCUCAUUUCAGAAAGAUCAUCUCUUCCAACACAGUACCUAUUCAUUAUAGACGCCAAUUCUAAAAAAAUACACUCAGUAAUCUUAUGCAAUAACAAACGCGUAAAAUAUGUAAGUUUUUCCGUAUGUUUGCACGACUUCAACCAGAACCUGUUAUAGUUUAGAAUUUAAUAUUCCAAAACAGUUUAUUAUAAAAAUACUAUAAAUAAAUAAAGUAAAUAUGGGUGAUAGAGUGAAUCCAAAAAUCGUAUUUCCAAUAAUUGUUGGAGUCGGUUCUGUUGUUGUAAUAGCAACAGUUGUAGCUCAUUGUGUUUGGGGUAAAAAGUCCAAGCCCACUAAAAGUAAAAAACUUGUGGCUCUAGUGGACCCUAAUGUCAAAUAUCCAUUACCUCUUAUUGAACGGGAAGUGAUCAGUCAUGACACAAGACGGUUUCGGUUUGGACUACCUACUCCAGAACAUGUUCUCGGAUUACCGAUAGGCCAACACAUUCAUUUGUCAGUUAAGAUAGAAGAUGACCUCAUUAUCAGAGCAUACACUCCAGUAUCCAGCGAUGAAGAGAAAGGUUAUGUUGAUCUGGUUGUCAAGGUUUACUUCAAAAAUGUUCACCCCAAGUUCCCGGAUGGCGGUAAAAUGUCUCAGCAUCUGGAGAACAUGAAGCUCGGAGACACGAUAGAUGUGAGGGGGCCGUCGGGCCGCCUGCAGUACGCGGGAAACGGAGCCUUCUUGAUAAAGAAACUGAGGAAAGAUCCGCCCGUCAAAGUUGUCACGAAGAAAUUAAACAUGAUUGCAGGUGGGACGGGCAUCACGCCGAUGCUGCAGCUCGUGCGACACAUCUGCUCCGAUGCGAACGAUCGCACCGAAAUGAGACUCCUAUUCGCGAACCAGACCGAGCAGGACAUCCUGCUCAGAGACGAGCUGGAGAAGUAUCAGAAGGAACACCCCGAGCAGUUCAAGCUCUGGUACACGGUCGACAGGGCCGACGGAGGUUGGAAGUACAGCACUGGCUUCAUCAACGAUGACAUGAUCGGGAGCCACCUGUUCCCCCCCGGCGAUGACGUCAUCGUGCUGAUGUGCGGGCCUCCCCCCAUGAUCAACUUUGCGUGUGUCCCCGCCCUGGAGAAGCUCGGCUACGCGGAGAACCUUCGCUUUGCGUACUAGUUGUCGGACUAUUUCUAAUUUGUUGCACAAUAAAUACGUUCAAGUGCCUUCUAUUGAUCGAUCGAUAUAGAGGCUACAAGGGAGGUAGUUUUUAAGCAAUAAAUGUUGUGUAACUUU